AUGCGGCGCAUCGCCGCCGUCCUGCGGGAGAUCGGAUGGGCGUCGCCUACGUGCUCGAGAGCAGCGCCGCGGAGGCGAUCGCGCUCCUGGAGGCCAAGGAGGAGUUCGCCAGGCGCUUCCGAGAGUCACGGAGGCCCGGCGGCGGCCACCAGGACCCGGCGCAGUGCUUCCGUUCCUCACCUCGCACUGUCCCGGUUGGACGUGUUACGCCGAGAAGGUUGUGGACCCCGCCGUGCUGAAGCACAUGGCGCCGCUGAGGCCCCCGCAGGAGGUGCAGGGGCGGCUGGUCAAGACCUGCCUGCUGGAGGCCCACAACCGGAGGCGGUUGCACCGCUGGUGGCGAUGGAGGAACCGAGCCCCCUCUUCGCCCUGGAGGGCGCCUGGUGGCUCCGCGGCCUGCCCCUGCCCGGCGGCGCCACGCCGAGCGCCGGGCCGGCUCCGCUGGAGCCCCGCGACGUGUACCACGUCUGCGUGCAGCCGUGCUUCGAUCGGAAGCUGGAGGCCGCCCGCCCCGGCUUCGAGCUCGACGGCCACCCGGACGUGCGCGAGGUGGAUACCGUCCUCGCCACCACAGAGUUGUUGGAGCUGUUCGCCAGCAGGAGCGACGGCCGUCGGUGGCGACGGCGGCGACGCCAGGUCCUCGACGGCGACGCCAGCGACGCCGCCCGCGCGCUGUCUGCGGCGCGGCCCUGCGACCUCGACGACGAGGUGCUGACAGACCUGUUGUUGGGCGGCCUGGGGUCCGCGGAGCGCGCGCAGCCGUUGUUGUGCAACGUGCGCGGCAACGCGGGGUCGGGCGGGUACUUGGAGUACGUCUUCAGGGAGGCCGCCAGCGAGCUGCUCGGAGGGGCGCGGCUGCCGCUGGCGCCGCUGGAGCUGCGGCCCAAGCAGAACGAGGACAUGCGAGAGGUGGUUUACAGGGACCCCAGCACGGGCGAGCCGCUGAUGCUGUUUGUGGCAGCGUACGGCUUCCGGAACAUUCAGAAUGUGAUCCGCCGUGUCCAGCGGGCCAGCGCGGAGCUCGGCAGCCAGUGCGGGCACUUCGUCGAGAUCAUGGCCUGCCCGGGCGGGUGCCUCAACGGGGGCGGCCAAGUGCCGCAGCCGAAGGGCAGCGCGCCCAGGAGCCAGAUUGAGAGAAGGACGCGGCUGGCCGAGCUGGAGGGCACCUUGGUCGCCGGCGAGGGCACUGCGACGGUGGAGCCCGCAGAGCACCCGCUGGUGCCAGAGCUGUACGCCCGCAUGGCCGGGGAGCCCGGCAGAGGGGGCGAGGCACCCGCCGAGCGGGUGAGGCGCCUGGUGGGCUCCCCCGCCGCGCGGCGGUGGCUCUCGGCAGAGUGGAGGAGCCUCAAGGUCGAUGUGGACGGGAACGACGUCGUUGGCACGUCCGUGCUCAAGUGGUGA